AUGUGGAGGUCUGCUCGUGCCGCCCUGCUGCGAGCCAACGACCGGUCCCAACGCUCCUCUAACCGGCGUCGCGUCCCAGCCCCGGUCUACCAGCCUGGUCAGCGUGACUGGCUCCUGGCCAAGGACCUCCCCAUCCCGACGACCUCUCGCAAGCUCGCCGCUCGCUACGUGGGACCCUACACUGUGGAGAGGAUCAUCAAACCCACUGCGCUUUCUGUUCCAGAUGCGUUUUUGAAUUAUUACCUGGACACAUGUGUGUUCACCUCAUCUGAGCUUCCUGACAUAGAGUACAUACGCUCUCUGUAUUUCAAUAAGAUAGAAUAUCUCAGGUUUAACAGCACUGUGGGGAAGUGGGUUGGAUAUGAUCAUCUUGGUAUCUAUAUCGCAGAGCGCUUUAACAACGAUCCUACAGAUCUGGCAGAGAUGAGAGCUCAGAAAGAGACGUACUGCAAACAUAAUAUAGAUGGUUUUUACCGAGAUACACUGGAUAAGACAGCUGAACCCAGUGUGAGACUGACUUCAGUGACGCCCCCUAGUGGCCGACAUCCGGCCAUGCUGAUGUGCAGUGUCUACAACUUCUACCCCAAAUACAUCAGUGUCACCUGGCUGAGAGACGGACAACCAGUGACCUCUGACGUCACUUCCACCGAUGAGCUGGCAAAUGGUGAUUGGUACUACCAGAUCCACUCCCACCUGGAGUACACGCCCAGGUCUGGAGAGAAGAUCACCUGCAUGGUGGAACACGCCAGUUUCCCCUCUCCUAAGAAAGUGGACUGGAAUCCCUCCAUGCCACAAUCAGACAGAAACAAGAUCGCCAGCGGAGCGUCAGGUCUGCUUCUGGGUUUGAUUUUGUCUUUGGCAGGUCUGAUCUACUACAAGAGGAAGGCCAGAGGGCGUGUUCUGGUUCCAACUACCUGAAGCAGGAAGUGACGCUUCUUCCUCGUUGGUUGUUUUGGUGGCAGUCCAGUGUGUGUCGCUUUCACCUGAAGGUUUUCUCUCAGGUUGUCAGUGCUGCCCCCUGCUGGAUCUCAUUACCUCCUGCUCGUAUUCUUACUAAUGCUCUACAGAUUCUGAUGUCAUAGACAUAUAAAGAGUAGACGCCGCAUCGACCGCUGCUGCCUAUUGACGCUGACGAGCCGUGGGGCCGCCAUCUUGGGCCGGUCACCCGCUCCACUCAGUGUAAUGUGUUUGGCAGUCGCAAUGAACUGUCAGCGCAGUUAAUCGAUCAUAACUCGCUGAAUACCAAACUGAUUUCCACGCCUUUUUUGUUGCUGAAAACGUCAUACAUGUAGCUAUGAUACAGGACUCAUGGUUUGACGUAUUUUAAUGUUCAUAGUUGGCUUGACAGUAAUAGAAUAUUCUGAUAUAUGAUAUAUGUGAUGUAUGAUAGGUAGCUACCGUAUUGUUCUGAAUAGAAGACGGGGUUUUUACCCUGGAAAUACGUAUGAAAAAGUGGGGGUCGUCUUACAUUCGAGGUCUAGACUUUUGAAUGUCAAUAUACAUUCUCACUCAGUCAGAUUUGUUUCAAGACCGUUCUAAAAUUAGACCACCUCGAUGGUUAAUGCAGUUAUUGAAAUGUUGAAACGGUUAUUUUUUCACUAUGAGAUGGAUAGUCUCAAUAGACUACAGUUUAUUUUCAUUUGUAUGCUAU